UCAGAGAGGUUCUGCCUUCUUCUUUCUCUGCUUUCUCUGCAGUGCUGCUUAUCAUCCAAAACUCUCUUCAUCUUCUCUCUCUAAGCAAACCAUCAUGACAAGUCGUGUUUCCUAUCGAGCAUCCUCCGGAGGAGCUAACAGAGGCUUUACCUCUGGGUCUGCAAUUGUUGGUGGUAGUGGUGGUGGGAGAAGAAGUUUCAGCUCCUACUCGGUCUCUCGAGUUGGAGGAGCAAGAGGUGGAGGGGGUGGCAGCUAUGGACUUGGUGGAUUUGGCAGCCGAAGCCUGCACAACAUGGGCGGAAGCAAACGAAUUGCCUAUGGUACCGUUUGUGGAGGUCUAAGAUCUGGUUAUGGUGGAGGAUAUGGCCUUGGAGGAGCUGGUUUUGGUUAUGGUAUGGGUGUAGGUGGAGCUGGAGCUGGCUAUGGCAUGGGUGGAGGUGGAGCUGGCUAUGGCAUGGGUGGAGGUGCUGGGGGCUUUCUGGUAGGUGGACCAGGUUUUGUAAGAGGUGGUCCAGGUUUUCCAGUUUGCCCCCCUGGUGGCAUCCAAGAAGUGACCAUCAACCAGAACCUUUUGCAACCUCUCCACCUUGAGAUUGACCCAGAGAUUCAGCGAGUGCGUUCUCAAGAAAGAGAACAGAUCAAGACACUCAACAACAAAUUUGCCUCCUUUAUUGAUAAGGUCCGAUUCUUGGAGCAGCAAAACAAAGUCCUUGAGACAAAAUGGGAGCUCUUACAACAGCAAGGGACUCAGGUUCAGCGACUCAACCUUGAGCCCCUUUUUGAGGGAUUUAUCAACAACCUCAGGAAACAACUUGAUUCUCUAGUAAAUGAACGGGGAAGACUAGACAUGGAGCUGAGGAAUAUGCAAGACAUGGUGGAGGACUUUAAGAACAAAUACGAAGAUGAAAUUAACAAGAGAACAGGUGCAGAGAAUGAAUUUGUGGUGCUCAAGAAGGAUGUGGAUGGUGCCUACAUGAACAAGAUUGAACUUGCUAGCAAAUCAGACUCACUGAAUGAUGAAAUUGAGUUCCUGAAAGCACUGUUUGAAGCGGAAUUAUCUCAAAUGCAGCAGCAAGUAUCAGAUACCUCUGUCGUACUGUCCAUGGACAAUAACAGAAGCCUAGACUUGAAUAGCAUAAUUGCUGAGGUCAAGGCACAGUAUGAAGAUAUUGCCAACAGGAGCCGGACUGAGGCCGAAUCAUGGUAUCAAACCAAGUAUGAAGAACUACAAGUGUCUGCUGGGCGCCAUGGUGAUGACCUUCGUAACACAAAGUCAGAAAUUUCUGAGCUUAAUCGGCUGGUCCAGAGACUGCGAAGUGAAAUUGAUGCUGUUAAGAAACAGUGUGCCAAACUUCAGGCAGCCAUUACUGAGGCUGAAGAGCGGGGUGAACUUGCCCUCAGGGAUGCUAAGCAAAAGCUGAAUGAAUUGGAAGAAGCUUCACAGAGAGCCAAACAAGAACUUGCCCGGCAACUCAAGGAAUAUCAGGAGCUCAUGAAUGUCAAACUGGCCCUGGACAUCGAGAUCGCCACCUACAGGACGCUGCUAGAAGGAGAAGAAAUCAGACUGCAAGAAGGCGUUGGAAAUGUCAGCUAUUCUGUAGUCAGCAACACUACUACCAGUGGAUAUGGUGGUGGAAGUGGCCUGGCCUUGGGAGGAGGACUCGGAGGAGGACUUGGAGGAGGACUUGGAGGAGGACUUGGAGGAGGACUCGGAGGAGGACUCGGUAGUGGUGGCGGCGGCUAUGGCAUUAGCUGUGGCAGCAACUAUGGAGGAGCCGGUUUUGGUUCAGGGUUCGGCAGCGGAGGUGGGAGCUGUUACAGUAGUGGAGGAGGUCGCCAUUCCUCAGGUGGAGGAGGAGGUUCCAGUGUAAAAAUUGUAUCAAAAACCAGUACAAGCAGGAAAACUGCCUAUUAAAGUCGGGUCCUCUCCUCCUCCUCCUGAAUGACAAUUCGCAUAACCAUGCUCAUCGUGCCUGUCAUGUAAAUAAUGCCAAGGGAAAACAAAACUACAAAAAAAGCGCUUUUCCUCUCUGACACUUUCACCUUUUCCAUCAAGGUCUAGCUCUUAACAUUCACCUGGAUAUCUGCAUCCAAAUCCAACACACUCGAUCUGUUCCUCUGUUGGAACUUGAUGUAUCAUGGCUGAAACACAUGGCACAGCUUUAGCAGGGAGGCCACAGUUGAUUCACAGAAGGAAAUGCAAACCCAUUAAGCAAACCGUUUGUGUAAUCGUUUCAGAAAGGUUGACAGUUUGGCGGUUCAAAUCCCUAGUACAGGUCUCCUGCGUGAGCAGGGGGUUGGACUAAAUGACCUCCAAGGUCCCUUCCAAGUCUGUUACUAUUAGAUCAGUGAGAGGGCUGUGAGCAGAUAUUACAAAAAGAAUGUCUGCAUUUGGACGUUACUUCUAUCAUUGCAGCAUCAGCUGUUCAAUCAAUAUCAGAAAUCUUAAUGGGUGUAAAUCUUGUGCCAAACAUUUCUCUAACAAAACCGAUUUCUGCAACCUAGCCUUAUUCACCUACAUCAGCAUCUUUUAUUUUGUGCAAGAGACAUUCCAGUUUGCCAGUUAUUGUACUCCUGGACAUGUCCAAAGUAAGGGUAGGGGGGGAAACAUGCAUACAACCAAUAACUGUAAACACUUUCUUGGUUUCUUCGAUACAUUGUGUUAGCUUUGAUAUAAAAACAGAUAUAAUGAGGGUUUCUAGACUGGCAAACUUCAUGGACUUGUCUCAUUCCAAACAACAUUUCUGAUCUUUUCUCCUUUUUGAGCAUAUUCUUUGGGUUUUCAGAUGGAGUCUAUAUGAAGCUACAAACUAUUUUAACCAUGCACUCUUCUACAGAAAAUUAGCUUUGAGACACAAAUGAUCUGUUACCUUGCAAUGUUAUGCAAUGUUAUGUUUCCACACAGGGUGCUUAUGUAUGUUUCCACAGAUGAGUACUCGUUCUCAUUCUUUCUCUCUUUGUCACCUCUUUUCUUCCUUUCUUUAAUGUGAAAGCAAUAUUGGAAAAGGUGAUUGUUUCUGCUGCUGCUAUUUUAUGAAUUGUAAUGCUUGAUUCUACGCAAGUCUGCAUGACAAAUAAAGAGCAAUUUUAAUUUUUGAA